AUGAAGCGCAGCCUGAUGAAGAUGCUGCGCCUGGGAGAGAAGAAGGAGCCCCAGGGCGUGGUCUACGAGGGCGUGGAGGGCGACAUGGACGACAGCAAGGACUCCUUUAAGGUGGUUUUUGAAAAAAAUUCAUGUCGAUUACAAAACUUCGUCAAGAGAAAAUGCAGAUCAAGGCAAUAUGAUGACAUGAAUGCCUCUACUUUGCAUCAUGCUGCAGCAGACGGACAAGUGGAGCUGAUGGAGAUGAUCGUCAAUGACUCCUGCUGUGACGUGGUGAAUGUGAUGGACAAUUAUGGAAAUACACCUCUGCACUGGGCUGCAGAAAAAAACCAAGUUGAAAGUGUUAAGUUUCUUCUCAACAGAAAGGCAAACCCCAAUCUCAGGAACAACAGCAUGAUGGCUCCUCUCCACCUGGCUGUGCAGUUUGGGAACAUUGAGGUGGUGAAGGUCCUGGUGGAACAUAGAAGCACUAAUAUUAAUUUGGAAGGGGAAAAUGGAAACACUGCUGUGGUGAUCGCAUGCUCCAAAGAUAACAGUGAAGCUCUGCAAAUUUUGUUUAGUAAAGGAGCUAAGAUGUGUAUAGCAAAUAAGUGUGGAUGUUUUCCUAUCCAUCUGGCUGCAUUUUCAGGGGCCAAAAGAUGUAUGGAACUAAUACUACAAGUCGGUGAAGAAAAUGGCUAUAGCAGACAGUGUCAUAUUAACUUUGUUAAUAACGGGAAGCACAGCCCUCUCCACAUGGCCGUUCAAAGUGGGGAUUUGGAAAUGAUCAGAAUAUGCCUGGACAACGGGGCACAGAUAGAUCUAAUGGAGAAUGGGAAGUGCACCGCUCUUCACUUUGCUGCCACCCAGGGAGCCACGGAGAUUGUUAAAUUGAUGUUAUCCUCCUACUCUGGUGACAGUGAUAUUAUUAAUGCAGUGGAUGGAAAUCAGGAGACAUUGCUUCACAGAGCUUCGUUAUUUGAUCACCAUGAACUUGCAGAAUAUCUGAUUUCAAUGGGAGCAGAUAUUAAUAGCAUAGAUUAUGAAGGACGUUCUCCACUUCUAUUAGCAACUGCUUCUGCAUCUUGGAACAUUGUGAAUUUACUGCUAUCUAAAGGUGCCCAAGUAGAUAUAAAAGAUCAUUAUGGACGUAAUUUUUUGCACUUGACUGUACAACAACGUUAUGGAUUAAAAAAUUUGCGACCUGAGUUUAUGCAGAUGCAGCAUAUUAAGGAGCUGGUCAUGGAUGAGGACAACUAUGGUUGUACUCCUCUACACUAUGCAUGUAAACAGGGGGUUCCAGUCUCUGUAAAUAACCUACUCCACUUUAAUGUGCCCAUUCAUGUCAAAAGCAAAGACAAGAAAUCACCACUGCAUUUUGCUGCCAGUUAUGGACGUAUCAACACCUGCCAGAGGCUCCUACAAGACAUAAAGGAUAUGAGGCUUUUGAAUGAAGGGGAUCUUCACGGUAUGACUCCUCUCCACUUGGCAGCAAAAAAUGGACAUGAUAAAGUUGUCCACCUACUCCUGAAGAAAGGGGCAUUAUUUCUAAGUGACCACUAUGGCUGGACUGCUUUGCAUCACGCUUCAAUGGGUGGUUACACUCAGACUAUGAAGGUCAUUCUUGAUACCAACAUGAAGUGCACAGAUAAACUAGAUGAAGAAGGGAACACUGCGCUCCACUUCGCUGCACGGGAAGGCCAUGCCAAAGCCGUGGCCCUUCUUCUUAGCCACGGUGCCGAGAUCCUCCUGAACAACCAGGAUGCUUCGUUUUUGCAUGUUGCAAUCCAUAAUAAAAGAAAGGAUGUGGUUCUUACCACCAUCAGAAGCAAAAGAUGGGAUGAGUGUCUUAAGGCAUUUAGUCACCAUUCUCGCAGUAAUGGGUGUCCUGUCGUAGAAAUGGUGGAAUACUUGCCUGAAUGUAUGAAAGUACUUCUAGAUUUGUGCAUGAUGCACUCUACUGAAGACAAGUCAUGUAAAGACUACUCUAUUGAGUAUAAUUUCAAGUAUCUUCAGUGUCCACUAGAAUUCACAAAAAAGACUGAUCCUGCACUUGGAGUUAAAUAUGAGCCUCUUACAACACUCAAUGCAAUGGUACGACAUAAUCGCAUAGAGCUUCUCAACCAUCCUGUUUGUAAAGAAUAUUUAUGUAUGAAAUGGCUGGCUUAUGGGUUUAGAGCCCAUUUACUGAACCUAGGAUCUUACUGUCUUGGACUUAUACCUAUGACCUUGCUUGUUAUCAAUAUAAAGCCAGGAAUGGGAUUCAACACAACAGGAAUCAUUAACGAAACUAGUAAUCAUUCAGAAAUAUUAGACACAACGAAUUCAUAUCCUAUAAAAGUCUGUAUGAUAUUGGUUUUUUUAUCAAGUAUCCUUGGAUAUUGCAAAGAAUUGGUCCAAAUUGUUCAACAGAAACGAAAAUACUUUUGGAAUCAUGACAACGGAGUUGAAUGGGUAAUCUACACCACAAGCAUCAUCUUUGUACUGCCUUUGUUCGUCGGUAUUCCAGCUCAUGUGCAGUGGCAGUGUGGGGCAAUUGCUAUAUUCUUCUACUGGAUGAACUUCUUAUUGUAUCUUCAGAGAUUUGAAAAUUGUGGCAUUUUUAUUGUUAUGUUGGAAGUGAUUAUGAAAACACUGCUGAGGUCCACAGUAGUGUUUGUUUUCCUUCUUCUGGCCUUUGGACUCAGCUUUUAUGUCCUCCUGAGUUUACAGGAUGCCUUCAGCAAUCCACUGCUUUCUAUCAUCCAAACCUUUAGCAUGAUGCUUGGAGAUAUCAAUUAUCGUGACUCUUUUCUGGAACCAUUUUUGAAGAAUGAAUUGGAAUAUCCAACUCUGUCCUUCAUACAACUUAUUACCUUCACCAUGUUUGUUCCAAUUGUCCUCAUGAAUUUACUUAUUGGCUUGGCAGUAGGUGACAUUGCUGAGGUCCAGAAACAUGCGUCAUUGAAGAGAAUUGCUAUGCAGGUGAAACUUCACACCAGCUUGGAGAAGAAGCUGCCCCUCUACUUCCUUCGCAAAGUGGAUCAGCAGAGUGUCAUCGUGUACCCAAACAGACCCAGAUACCAAGGCGGCUUAAUAUGUAUAUUUAAUUAUAUCUUCUCCAUUCAAGAAGCAAAACAAGAAGCACCAAAUAUUGAUACAUCUUUAGAAACAGAAAUACUGAAGCAGAAAUAUCGGCUAAAGGAUCUCAAUUCUCUUCUGGAAAAACAGCAUGAGCUUAUUAAACUCAUUAUUCAGAAAAUGGAAAUUAUCUCAGAGACUGAGGAUGAAGAUAACCACAGUUCUUUUCAAGACAUGUUUAAAAAAGAGCAGUUAGAGCAAAGGAAUAGCAAAUGGAAUUGUGUAUUGAAAGCAGUAAAGGAAAGGGCACAAAGUUCUCAGCCGUAG